CUGACACUGUUUGUAAUGUACUAUCAAUCAGCUCCAUCUCAGAUCUGCCCUCCCCAGCCUGCUUUGCCACGUCAUUACUCAAAGCCAUCUGAGAACAGCUCCUUGUCUAAGAAGCAGCCAGAGCCAGACAAGCCCAUCAUGCUGUUGUGGUUCUGGCCUGAAAACCGCAGGUUUGAUUUUAGUGAUUGCACCACUUUCUUCAACAUUGAUGGCUGCCAACUGACAGAUGACCGGUCUCUGUACAACAAGGCAGACGGGGUGCUCAUCUUUCACAAAUCCAUCAAACAUGAUUUAUCCAACUUGCCUCCAUCACCUCGACCACCAUUCCAGAAGUGGAUCUGGUAUCAUGUGGAAUCACCUACAAACACAAUUAGAAUACCUGGUCUAGAGAACCUUUUCAACUUGACCUUGAGUUAUAGGGAAGAUGCAGACAUCCCUGUACGUUGGCGCUUAACUGCAAGGAAAGGUCAGGGUGAGAACUUUGUGCUGCCCAAGAAGGAUAAAUUAGUUUGCUGGAUUGUGAGUAACAAUAACCCUGCAACUGGAACAGCAGUAAGGGAUAACUAUUACAGAGAACUUGUCAAACAUAUUAAGGUGGAUGUCUAUGGAAAAGUCUUUGCAAGAUUCUUGAGAUAUGAGAACUCAGUCCACAGAGACUACAUCACUGAGAAGCUUAACGGACCACUUGUAGCAGGAACUGUGCCAGUAGUAUUGGGCCCACCGAGACAGAACUAUGAGGACUUUGUCCCCGGAGAUUCCUUCAUCCAUAUUAAUGAUUUUCCCAAUGCAAAAGCCCUGGCUGAAUUCCUCCUGAAGUUGGACAAGGAUGAUGAGGCAUAUCUGCGCUACUUUCAGUGGCGUAGAAACUUAUUUGCUCAGCAACAUCUAAUUCAACUGAGUCAAGAGUUCAUCCAAUCUAUUUGUUAUGCCUGUGACCAUAUAGGCAAACAUAAGGAGUACAGAGUUGUUCACGAUCUUUACAAAUGUGCAAGGCUCCUAGACACCUGCCCAGAGAGCCAGACCGAGGCCCCUGCGGUGGACAAUUGGUUUCGGCAUGCUGAGGAGACCUGGGAGGCAGCCCACGUCCACCUUCAGCAUGCCAUAAGGCGCCAGAAAAUUGGCGCAGACCGUCGCCGCAGCCGAUGGCGGCUGGCCCGCUCCAGGAGGCUGAAGUGCGUAAUGUUCCUCCGCCUCCUCUAG